UGCUGGUCUGCGGCCUUCGAGUUCUGGGGCGGCGGCGGCGGCGGCGGCGGCGGCGGCGGCGGCGGCGGGCACGGGCACGGGCACGGGCACGGGGCGGGGCGCGGAGCAGGCAGGAGGCGCGCGCCGGGCGGCGGAGUGCGGCGUGAGGCCGGGCCCGCGCGGCCAUGAACCUAGAGCGGCUGCGGAAGCGCGUCCGGCAGUACCUCGACCAGCAGCAGUAUCAAAGUGCUCUAUUUUGGGCAGAUAAAGUAGCUUCACUCUCUCACGAGGAACCCCAGGACAUCUAUUGGUUGGCUCAAUGUCUUUACCUGACAGCACAAUAUCACAGAGCUGCCCAUGCACUCCGGUCACGAAAACUGGACAAAUUGUAUGAAGCGUGUCGUUACCUCGCAGCUAGGUGCCAUUAUGCUGCAAAAGAGCAUCAGCAGGCCCUUGAUAUUCUUGAUAUGGAAGAGCCAAUCAACAAAAGAUUAUUUGAAAAAUACUUGAAGGAUGAAAGUGGCUUCAAAGAUCCCUCCAGUGACUGGGAAAUGUCACAGUCUUCAAUAAAGAGUUCUAUUUGUCUUCUACGUGGGAAAAUCUAUGAUGCUCUAGAUAACCGAACUCUGGCUACCUACAGCUACAAAGAAGCUUUGAAGCUUGAUGUCUACUGUUUUGAAGCAUUUGAUCUUCUAACAUCACACCACAUGUUGACAGCACAAGAAGAAAAAGAACUUCUUGAAUCACUACCUCUUAGCAAGCUGUGUAAUGAAGAACAGGAAUUGCUGCGUUUUCUAUUUGAGAACAAAUUGAAAAAAUAUAAUAAGCCUAGUGAAACGGUCAUCCCUGAGUCUGUAGAUGGCUUGCAGGAGAAUCUGGAUGUGGUAGUGUCUUUAGCUGAGAGACAUUAUUAUAACUGUGAUUUUAAAAUGUGCUACAAACUUACUUCGGUAGUAAUGGAGAAAGAUCCUUUCCAUGCAAGUUGUUUACCUGUACAUAUAGGGACGCUUGUAGAGCUGAAUAAAGCCAAUGAACUUUUCUAUCUUUCUCAUAAACUGGUGGAUUUAUAUCCUAGUAAUCCUGUGUCUUGGUUUGCAGUGGGAUGUUACUAUCUCAUGGUUGGUCAUAAAAAUGAACAUGCCAGAAGAUAUCUCAGCAAAGCCACAACACUUGAGAAAACCUACGGACCUGCAUGGAUAGCCUAUGGACAUUCGUUUGCGGUGGAGAGUGAGCAUGACCAAGCGAUGGCUGCGUACUUCACAGCAGCACAGCUGAUGAAAGGGUGUCAUUUGCCUAUGCUGUAUAUUGGAUUAGAAUAUGGUUUGACCAAUAACUCAAAACUAGCUGAAAGAUUCUUCAGCCAAGCUCUGAGCAUUGCACCGGAAGACCCUUUUGUUAUGCAUGAGGUCGGCGUGGUUGCAUUUCAGAAUGGAGAAUGGAAAACAGCCGAAAAAUGGUUUCUUGAUGCUUUGGAAAAAAUUAAAGCAAUUGGGAACGAGGUAACAGUUGACAAAUGGGAACCUUUGUUGAACAACUUGGGGCAUGUCUGCAGAAAACUUAAAAAGUACGCCGAGGCCUUGGAUUACCACCGCCAGGCACUGGUGUUGAUUCCUCAGAACGCAUCCACCUACUCUGCUAUUGGAUAUAUCCACAGUCUGAUGGGCAACUUUGAAAAUGCUGUGGACUACUUCCACACAGCCCUUGGUCUUAGGCGAGAUGAUACAUUUUCUGUUACAAUGCUUGGUCAUUGCAUCGAAAUGUACAUUGGUGAUUCCGAAGCUUAUAUCGAAACUCCAUUUAUUUUAUUGGAACAAUGCUGUGGGGAGUUAGUGACUCACCGAGGAUACAUUCAGUUUAAAGUUGAAUACUUGCUUGUGGAAAAUACCGCUAUAGAGAGCAGACAUUAAAGACAAAUUAAAAUGUUAUGACUUUGAUGUGCAUACAAUGAAGACACUAAAAAACAUUAUUUCACCUCCGUGGGAUUUCAGGGAAUUUGAAGUAGAAAAACAGACUGCAGAAGAAACGGGGCUUACGCCAUUGGAAACCUCAAGGAAAACUCCAGAUUCCAGACCUUCCUUGGAAGAAACCUUUGAAAUUGAAAUGAAUGAAAGUGACAUGAUGUUAGAGACGUCUAUGUCAGACCACAGCACGUGACUCCAGUCAGUGGUCCUGGUCCCGCUGUCCCGGUGUAGGUUAGUAUUCUCUCACAUCCUCUCCAUGGCUUAAGAACGUCCCACUUCCUAACGUGACUCCAAACUGCAUCUCUACAUUUAGGAACAGAGACCCGCCUUAAGAGACUGGAUCGCACACCUUUGCAACAGAUGUGUUCUGAUUCUCUGAACCUACAAAAUAGUUAUACAUAGUGGAAUAAAGAAGGUAAACCAUC